UGUGCUGCGUUCCGAAGAGGCCCGCGGACGGGGGCCCGUUCUACGACGAGACCGUUCAUGAGAUACAGUUCGAGUUGUAUUCUGAGGAAGGUGAGCCCUUCUUCUCGCGAGAAGGUUAUUGCUCGGCAACUCGAUAAGACUCGCGUUUAUUUGUCGAUCUCACAAAGUGGAUCUUGACGAACAAGGCGUCGCCAAGCACGCAAAUAUCGAUGAUUAAGCAACUAUCUGAAGAAAUGUUUUCACGGCAAUUAAUAUCGCUCGAAGAUCACGGAGUUGUGUAUUCAAAGGAGCUGUUAGUCCAGAUUUACGGCAGAUGUGAUGCAUCGCCGCCUGUCCUGCUGCCGUGCGCGAUCUGCGCGCGGACCUUCAUGCCGCAGUCGUUGGAGAAGCACGCGAGGAUAUGCGCCGCCGCGAAGAAGCGCAAGCCCUUCGACUCGGCGAAGCAGAGAAUCCAGGGCACCGAGCUGGCCGAGUUCCUGCCGGAGGCGCGCCAGGACGAGAGCGCCGUCUCGCCCUCGUGGAAGAAGACCCACGAUGACUUUCUGCGGGUCAUCCGGCAAGCGCGCGGCGAAGUCGUCAACACACGUAAAAAAUCCAAUUCGUCGGGUGCACUGACUCGCGCCAACGACAAGGGCAUCUGUCCCACGUGCAAUCGUCAAUUCGGCAUCAAGGCCUACGACCGUCACGUGGCCUGGUGCAAGGACAGGGUCCCCAGUAUACCGAUAAGCCCGGCGGUCAAUUUGGCGAAGGAGAGAUUGGAGGCGCGCAUGAGGUACAAGGCGCCGGCCCUGAAGAAUCGCCGAGCCGCCAAUCGUGAGAAGUACAGCUCGAAUCAGUGCAAAACCUCGCCGGCGCUCGUAAAGCCGAAGGAAAGCGUCUCGUUGCCCAACUGUAGCCCGCAGAAACCAGCUGUCGUCAGACGUCCUGGCCGACUCAAGGAGUCCCCUAUCUCAUCCGGGCCUAUUAAAUCUCGUCUCUCGGAUCGCACAAACAAGAAAAUCGAACUGACGACACGUCCCGCCUGGUGCAAUUACGUGCGCAGACGGCCGGACUUUAAUCUCGUGCUUAAGGCUAGAACCGGCACGUGCAAGGACUACGACCCGUUCCUGCUGGCCGAGCAGCAGAUGAACGAUCUGCUGUCGGACACGAGCGAUCAAUCCACGACGGGCAGCCCGAAGCCUCGCGAAAAUCUUUAUUCUCUCUCUCAUUCGUCCGCAUUUGUGAAAUAUCCUCGCCAGACGAGUCCUAUCGACAGGAGGUGCUCCUUGAUAGCGCCUCCUUCUGAGUUCGACGAUCUCAUCUCCGAUUUCUCGAGCGACUCGACCGAGACCAACUCGAUCUCGCGCGAGGUCUUCCUGAAGGACGGCAAGGACGCGAUGGACCGGCCUGUCCGCGAACUGGGUAGACGGAUGAUCAUCGACAAGACGAAGGCGUUGGGUGGCGAUCUGAUCGAGGAGCAGCGUCGCGGCGUCACCAGCGCAGAUAAGACGCGCAAGAUAGCGAUUCCACCCGAUCGGCCCGAUUCCACCCAACGCGCCUCGUCCGCACCCAGGAGCACCGCCAGCUUCGUCAGGAAGGUCUCGGCCGAUGUCGGGAAGGCUAAGUCGACUGAGAGUCGGAGGUCGUCGGAUCAGAGUCUCAAUCGGAGGAACAACGACUACUCCUCGUCCGGCAGUAAUCUCAGCCUCAGCUCGAUCGUCUCCUCGGAGAUGGACAUCAAGCGCUCGAAUUCGAUGUUCGACGAGCUCAUGACGUCUCUCGAGGAGGACAUCUCCUUCCCGACUUUGAGAUCCUUCCUUAAUAAUGACUCCUUCGACGUGUCCAGCUCCAUGCUCGGCGACGGCCAGCGAAACGGUAUUGUCAGCGACGAGGAACUGUCUUCGCCCGACAGCUACAAGCCGCAGGAUCACGGCAAGCUCAGCAACGACUCCGCUUAUAGCAGUUUAAAUCGCAAAUAUUCGCACCACGGACGCAGCACCAACGACGUGGUCGGUCGUCUCGACGAAGACGUGGCCAGGACGCCGUCGCAGUCGACCAAGUGCAAGAUGUCCAAGUUCUGUCACGAAUGCGGCCUGCGGUUUCCGGAAAACGCCAAGUUCUGCUGCGAGUGCGGCGUCAGGAGACUCGCGCUGUGAUCAUCGCCGUAUCGUCUCGCUCGGGAGCAGUGAAGAUUGGGUAUCGUCGAGAGGUUAUUCUCCGAGGAGCGGAACGUCCUGAAGGUUAAAUUUCGAAAGGAUCUUUCGAAGUCGAGGAUACGCGAAUAUUCUAUGCAGAAAGAGACGACGGGGAUUAACUGCCUUCUCACGAUUAUACGAUUAUAAGCGUCUUAUAAUUCUGACAGCUUUUAUAAAUUUCGGACUUACCUUUUAUGAAUUUUGUGAGAUAGCAUUUUUUUCACGAGGCGCGAUGGAAUUUUUUGGAUCUACUUUAGUUCGCUUCGUAGACAACGCGUCGAUUUGUUUGCUAUGUUUGAAUAAUCUAACGAUGUAUUUGAUAAGCGUUUUUCGUCGCGCGCGCACACGCAUAAUCGCCGAGCGAUCGCAGAGUCCGUCCUCUUUUCUACAAAUUCGCAAGCGCGUCUUUUUGAUAAGCUUUUUGUAUCACGAGCAGAAUCGUAAAAUCUCGAGCAUGUUUGUGUGUGUGUUUGUGUUCUCUGUUGAAAAUAGGUGAAUUAAAAAUAAUCGGAGUCUAUUCCGCGAAAGCAGAUAUGAGGAAACUGCUAUUAAAAAUUAUCAUAUAUCUUAUUUAUUUCUAUACGUAGUUUAUUUUAAUUCUAAUUAGAGAAAAUAAUGAAUUAGGAAAAUUAGUAUGGACUUUGAAGCAGAAUUAAGAUAUGUUAUUUUCACACUUGUCCAAGUUAGCGUCGAUUGAUUUCAAAUCUCAUGUAUCUGAUCUUAGAAAAGUGUGAACACCUUUUUCGAUUUGUUUUAAUUCGCCUAAUUUUGACAGGGUCUUACGUGUCGUGUACGAGAUAGAUCGUAGGAUAAGUUUAGGAGGUAACUAAUGGUGGAGCCGCCGGUACAACUCGCGUCCGCUCAAUUAACGCUGAUCACUAAUGAGAAGAAAUAACGAAGCGAGGGGGAACGCGAUGCGUACAAUAAUGUAACGAGAGUGACUCGUUAAGUGCGUUGGUUUGUAACGUACCAAAGAGUAACAUUGCAAUGUAAGCGUUUUGACAAAACUCACAACGAUCGACGUCUAACUCGAAGGAAAGCGUAUGAAACUUACGGUAUACGACAGACAAAUUGUAUACAUUUCAAACUGUAUUUUUGCAAGUGCAAUAAACCGAUGCUUAUACAGA